CAACAACUUCCACCGGCCACCCCUAUUCAAACGCACUUGUCUACCCCCACUUCUUUGUACCGCAGCCGUUCCUCCUCUCGCCUCGCAGCAACACGCUCUUGCCGUCACGUGGUGCCUCGGCCUUGUAGCCGUGUCUAAUCUCCGUCGAGCAGGGAACCAGCGCUAAGCUCGCCGCGAUGUCGCCUUGCCAAGUCGCCGUCGUCCAUCGCGAUGGAGUUCUUUAUCGCCGUUCACAUUUUGUCCUCGCCGUCCGAGCUUCGCGUUGAGAUCGUGAGCUGUUCCCGAGCUUCGAGGAAUCGAUGAUCAAACUUCGACGAUCAAGUGGACAUGUUCUUCGAGUUCUACAAAGUUAAAGAUCCUGAGCAUCUGUUUGGUGAAGGUUGCCUUUGGUGCAAUCUAUGCUCAGGUAAAGAAGAAGGCGUCGAGGCGGAUCUCCAGGAGUUCUGGGACUUCAACGAGUUCGAGGAUUAGGCUAGCGACCACCCCCAGUCAGUUGCCUGUGGUUUUGGGUGUAGAUAUAUGCAAGUUGGCUAUUCUCUCCUCAUGGCCCACGUGGGUAGAUUGGAUGGAGAAAGACGGACCACUGUUCAAACUGCCUCAGAGCUUUUAUGAGAACUUCUCUAGUGUUUUCUAGAGCUGAAGGCGCAAAGAUGGAACACAAGUGCUUCAGUGAAAUUUGAUUUCUGCAGCUAACUUAAAUGCAUCGAUGUUGUCUCUGCAUUUUUCAAAGCUCACAUUAGUUAUUCAGUGAACCCAGAUUAUUUUUUAACAUCAUUAAAAUCAAAAGGAUUCCACUAGAAACGUUGCAUGUGAAAAUUUCCUGCUUUAUUUCGUGUCUGCAAAGGUACGUACCACUGAUUCCACCAUAAAUCUUCUCCACGUUUGGUUUUAGGUACUAAUUUUUAGUCCCUCUAAUUUAGUCCUAAAUUAUCAAACACAAUGACUAAAAGAGAGAUUAUCUCUAUUUUAGUCAAUAUUCUUGACAAUUUAGGGAUUAAAAUUAAGGCUUAGAAACCGAACGCCCCCUAACUCUGCUGUUGUUUAUUAUUUGUAAGAAUUAUUGAUAGUUUGUAGCAAUUUAAGUGUAUUAUUUAUGAGAAUUAUUGACGGUUUCUAGCAAUUUCAAGAUGCAAAUUCUGCUUGCGAAGCUGACUCGUGUGCUCUGUAUUUGUGGAUCUUCUGCACUGUACACACAUUUGUCACCAUGCUAGAUGGCACUGAUGAUAGUACGGAAAUCAGUUCAUAAAGUGUUGUCGUUGUCUCAAAGGGGAAAAUAGAACCCAAGAGAAGAUGGCAGAUGAACACAUUUUGGGACAUGUCUGUGACAGAAAAUCUGUCAACCAGCCUAGCUCCAAUGGCCGACAGCGUCCCAUUAGGUACUGAGGCUAAAAAUGGAAAACAAAUGCCAAGGAGGGGGGAGGGCAGCGGCUCUCGUCCUGGAAAUGUGGCAUGGCGGUGCGGUGGAGCACUGGAGGUUGGGCAAUGUGACGCUUUGAAGCCUACUUCCCUUUCCUCCGUCUCUGUGGUUUGGUUUCAACCCCUUCGCUUCUUCCGCAGAAGAACAAGGAGAAAAGGGAGGGGUUCGUCACGAGGAGGAGGAGGAGGAGGAGGUGCGUCGUUCCAAUCGAACCCCGGCGCACAAUCUAGAGGCCGGGGUGGAUCAUCAUCCUCACCAAGACAGAACUCCAUCCCCGUUAAGGUGUUAAACAUUAAUCAUGGCCACACCGCCAGACGGGGCGCCCGCUGGACCUGAUGACACGUCGCCGCCGCCUUCUUCCAACUCGUCGACGCCGCCUCCUUCCGACUCAUCGACGCCGCCACCCAAGUCCUCCGGCUCGGGCUCGCCGUCGCCAUCGCCACCCGCACCGUCGUUGUCGCCGCCACCACCGGCGUCGCCGCAGGAUAGCACGGCGCCAGCGGCCAGAGGCUCGCCGGCCGCGCCGUCGAGGGACUCCCCGUCACCACCGGCUCCAAAGCGCAGCGACAGUGACUCCGAUAAUAGUGGCAGCAGCAAGAGCGGAAGCGGAAGCGGAAGCAGAAGCAGAAGCAGCGGGUCGACGCAGGUGGAUGUCAUCCUGGCCGGCGUGGUGAUUGGGGUCCUGGCAUUUAGCCUGCUGAUGUGCAUCGCCGCGUGCGUGUGCUGCGCCAAGAAGAAGAGGAGGAAGAAGCCCCCGCACAUGAACAUGCCGUACUACACCGACGAGCACGGGAACGUCUUCUACGCGAACAGCAUGCCCAAGUGGCAGAGCAGCGCGAUGGACCACGGCUGGCACGCGCCGUACUCGCCCGCAAGCGGGGACAUGAGCGGCUCGCACGGGCCGGGGCUGGGCCAGAUGCCGCCCUCGCCGGGCAUGCCGUCGCUGGGCUUCUCCAAGAGCUCGUUCUCGUACGAGGAGCUAGCCGCGGCGACGGGCGGCUUCUCAUCGACGAACCUGCUGGGGCAGGGCGGGUUCGGGUACGUGUACAAGGGCGUGCUCGCGGGCAGCGGCAAGGAGGUGGCCGUGAAGCAGCUCAAGGCCGGGAGCGGGCAGGGCGAGCGCGAGUUCCAGGCCGAGGUGGAGAUCAUCAGCCGAGUCCACCACCGCCACCUCGUCUCCCUCGUAGGCUACUGUAUCGCCGGCUCCUCCCAGCGCCUGCUUGUCUACGAGUUCGUGCCCAACAACACCCUCGAGCACCACCUCCACGGGAAGGGUGUGCCGGUGAUGGCCUGGCCGGCGAGGCUUGCCAUCGCCCUCGGCUCCGCCAAGGGCUUGGCUUACCUGCACGAAGAUUGCCACCCCAGGAUCAUCCACCGUGACAUCAAGGCAGCCAACAUCCUUCUGGACGAGAAUUUCGAGGCUAAGGUCGCGGAUUUCGGACUUGCCAAGCUGACCACAGACACCAACACGCACGUCUCCACGCGUGUCAUGGGAACUUUCGGGUAUUUGGCCCCGGAGUACGCGUCGAGCGGCAAGCUCACCGACAAGUCGGACGUGUUCUCCUUCGGCGUCAUGCUCCUGGAGCUCAUUACCGGCAGGAGACCGGUUGAUCCCACGAACUACAUGGAGGACAGCCUGGUCGACUGGGCCAGGCCCCUCUUGGCGCGCGCGCUGUCCGAAGACAACUUCGACGAGCUGCUCGACCCGCGGCUGGAGAACAGGGUCGACCGGCUGGAGCUGGAGCGGAUGUGCUCCUCUGCCGCGGCGGCCGUCCGCCACUCAGCCAAGCGGCGGCCCAAGAUGAAACAGAUCGUCCGUGCUCUGGAAGGGGACGCGUCGCUGGACGACCUGAACGAGGGGGUGAAGCCAGGGCAGAGCAUGAUGUUCAGCUCCGGAUCGGAGUACGACGGGGCCAACUACGCGGCCAACAUCAGCAAGUUCAGGAAGGUGGCCUUCGAGAGCAGCGAGUUCAGCAACGACUACAGCGGGACAAGCGAGUACGGCGCCGACUCCGGGGAAGCGGCGACCCAGCGGCAGCAACAUCGCUGACCUCCUCGUCCGAGAUGCGUGUGUGGUGUACAAUAUUUAUACCAAGGGGUCGAUGUCGACUGUCGGAUACUAUCAGAGAUACCCAACCCUCGAUCGUGACAGCUUUAGUACAUGUAAUGAUGCUCAUAAAAUGUCAUGUAACGUACGUAUUUGUGUGUGACAUGUUGCUGCUUGCUUGACUGGCGAAUUUCGCUGCUUAGUUGUGC